AUGCGGAAGCUCCUGCGAGUGUGUGUGAUCGGAGCCGGAGCUGCAGGACUCUCGGCGGCUAGACACCUCACAAGUGAACUGGAUGUGUUUGACGUGCAUGUGUUCGAACAGUCUUCUCGUGUCGGAGGAACAUGGGUGUACAGCGAAAAUACAGGUAUCGACGAGCGUGGGUUUCCCAUUCACUCUAGCAUUUACUGGAACUUGAGGUACGUAAAGGACACUGUAAUCGCCGGGCUUUUUUGGGUUUGAUAUAUUACAUAAUUGCAGGCAUCCGAAACUCGCUCAGUGAGCCCGCGUUCAAAAAGAAAUUCAUCGGAUGAUAAUAAAAAAAACUGAGGAUAUAUUGCGUAAUGUAGCGUUUGUAUAAAACAGAUGCAAGUUUGCAGUAUAAAACGAAACGAGUUUUUUCGAGAUUGUUUUUGCGUUUCCCUAUGCAUUUGGAUCUUAUAAAAACACCACGUCACGCUGAGUUACGCAAUGCCCGGCCGUGUUGGUGGGGGGCGGGGGGGAUGGUAGUCCCCCGGGGUGGCAGUGGGAUACCACUAUACCCUCCUUUUAACUCAUAAGAUACAAAUAUACCUCAUAAUUGUGAAAUCUUUGAUAACAAAUAACUAAAAUUGCCUUGAAACAAAAUAACAUAUGGAUUAAGAUGUUUUGUCAGCUUAAUGAUUGAUAAAAAUGCAGAAAAAUCGAGAUACUAAUUACUAAAGAUACUAAAGAGGACCCAAGAUACCCGAAUACCAAAAUUCCUGGCCAGGCCUGCUAGAUACUCACAAAGGGAGUGUGGAAUGUUAGUAAAGUCAGACUUUUCUUGUUAUAAAACUUGAAAAAUCGGAGGUCAGAAAGCCCGUGAAGAUCAUCAAUGUAAUGUUGAAAAAUGCAACAGCCAUCCCAUAAUUUUUUGUAAAGCUGGUUAUCACAUGAAUAUCUAAAAUCACAAAAUCCCAGACAAAAUGAAACAAGACAGUAUUUUCUAGCCUCCCAUGACAGAGUUCUUUAUAAGGUGUUUGUCAAACAGUCCUCCUUCACAUGACGAAAGCACAAAAUAUAGCUAACCCUCACUAACAGAAACCUCUAUAAGAAGAACACCUUGUGCAGUAACACAGACACCAAGAGUUGGUCCCUGCCAUUAAUUUACUCCCUCUAUUUGACUCUCUAUAGCAAGGACCUGCCAUUAAUUUACUCCCUCUAUUUGACUCUCUAUAACAAGGACCUGCCAUUAAUUUUCUCCCUUUAUUUGACUCUCUGUAACAAGGACCUGCCAUUAAGUUACUCCCUCUAUUUGACUCUCUAUAAAAAGGAAAUUCAACUCUAAGAAAAACACUUUGUGCCAGUCCCAAAGGUGUCUGUCUAAAAGAGAGUCAACUGCAUAUGGUUGAGGAAGAAUAUUAUUGUAAACUUUUUUCUGAUCUGAUAAUGCCUAAAUUUUUGCAAUGGGUGUCAUUAGGGGCCCUAGCUAACUUGUAACCCAUAUAUGCCAAUGCUCACAGGAGUCUCCGAGAUGCAUUUAGCCUAUUUUGCCCCAAAAUUAAGAAAAUCAUAGCAUGAUUUCUGCAGCAUAUAAUAUUUUUUGUUUCAUCGUUGACUUAAUGCCACGUAAGACUUUGUAUUAUAUCCUGACCCCUUCCCACAUUAUAAUUUGGGGAAAAGAUAGAUUUGACUGUUUAUUGGGGGAAGGGUUUUUUUUGUGUGUCUGUUUGGAGGGGGGUGGCUGGGUUGGGGUACUGCAAGAAACAGUCUCCAGAUUUUACAGGUGACAACCAUCAGCUGAGGAAGAGAUAGCACUCAGGCAUAAAAAUGUGAGGGUUGAACAUUUUGAUGCAAAUGCCUGCUUUGAAAGAUAAUGACAUCCCUGCUAAUUGUUGUCAUAGAAACUCAUCCAUUUAUAACCAGCGCAGUGCCAAUUCUCUUAUUUCUUGGUUCCAGUCUCCCACCUGACAAAUAUAUUUAAAGAAAAUUAAAAUACCAUCUACUACACACUCUGGAGCUACAAAAUCUAGAGUGUAGGGACACAGACUCUGCCCAACUGACUAAAUCCUGAUAAUUUAUCACCUUACAAUGCAAGAAUAAAAUUAUUGUUAUUGCAUUGCAAAGCCUUGUAUAAUGUAUGAAAAGUAAAAGUACAGCUUAAAAAAAUAGAAACUUAUUUUUUUUCCUUGUUUUUGCUUUUUUAGAACCAAUCUGCCUAAAGAGGUGAUGGCUUUUCCUGAUUUUCCAUUUCCUUCAGAGUGGAACUCAUAUUUAAGUCAUCAACAAGUUCUCAAAUACUUACAAGAUUAUGCCAGUCAUUUUGACUUGUACAAAUACAUUCAGUUCAACUCCAGUAUCAACAGUGUUCGUCCACUGGAAGGAAAAGACAAUCAGAAGCUACUGUGGGAAGUUGUUGUUAGAGAUGCUGAUACUAAGGAGUCUCAAAUUCUACUCUUUGAUGCCGUAAUUGUUUGUAAUGGGUGA